AUGAUGAAAUCGGAAAUUAAACAUGUUAAGGGUGCCUCAGCCGACCCUAUUAAAAUAUGUAUGGCCCAGCUGGACACUGCGGAGCAGUACUUGCUUGGGGUCUACGAGUUGGCGUGUAACCUUCAGGCAAAAUCGGAUGCGCCUGGUCUAUCUAUGUUCAGGGUUCGUUUCGAGGAUCUGGGGCGGAUGCGCGACCAGUACCAGGGCGCUUACACCAGCCUGAAGGGUCUGCCUGUGGAUGACGCCGUGCUGCAGCAGGCUGACCAACGCUUCAACAAAUUUUAUGAGAUCUUUUAUUCGGUUAAAGUGAUAGCUGAGGGAUUAUUGUCGACAAACAGCGUCGCGGAUGUGGAGCCAGUGAGAUCAACUGCUCACUUCAAGUUGCCUGAGAUUAGUCUGAGCAGUUUCUCUGGGGUCUACACUGACUGGCCAAAUUUUAUUGGAUUGUUCGACAGUCUGAUUCACACUAAUGGGGACUUGUCCAGAGUGCAAAAGAUGCACUACCUUCUGAGUGUUCUGGACAAGGAACCUCUUAGUUUAGUUAGGCAUCUGGAGCUGGCCGAUGGGAACUAUGAGAUAGCUUACCAGCUCCUUAAGGAAAGAUAUGACAACAGGAGACUCAUUGCCGACACACACUUGGAGUCCAUACUUGCUGUGACACUCGGUCAACAAGGGUUGACUGGCAACCUUCGGAAGCUAGUCAACACCUUAAAGGAGAACACUAUGGCUCUGAGUGUGCUCGGUUUUGAGGUCAAGGUGCGACAGGUUCAAUUCCCUGACACCUGUUCAGCGUAG